GUCGUGCAGCCGGCGCUUCAUCCUCCGCGGCUGAUCAAGCGGGUGCUGCAGCAUGUGUUACUACAGCAGCAGCGGGUCAGCCAGGUGCCUCUGUUCGUGCUCCUCCUGCUGGAGCAGGUCAGCCAGGUGCCUAUGCUGGUGCUCCACCAGCUGGAGCGGUUCAGCCAGGCUCCUCUAUCGGUGCUCUUCCAGCUGGAGCGCGUCUGCCAGGUGCAGCAGCCGGUGUUACCAGGAGCAGCGGGUCAGCCAAGUGCAGAAGCCGGUGUUUCCGCAGCAGCAGCGGGUCAGCCAGUUGCAGCAGCCGUUAUUCCAACAGCAGCAGUGGGUCAGCCAAAGGCAGCAGCCGGUGUACCUAUAGCAGCAGCGGGUCAGCCAUGUUCUGCAGGCGUUGCACUUACAGCAGCGGCGGCGCAGCCAUGUGCAACCUCGGGUGCUCAAAAGGCGAUAGUGGGUCAGCACGCUGCUAUCAACACAGGCGUGGGGUUUCGUGCACCAGGAGCGGGGGUGUUUGCUCCACAGGCAGGUGGUGUUCAGUCGAGAGCAUCUGCACAUGUUGCGUCAGCAGAGCCUAGUGGCCAUGCUCUGCAUCGUCCCAACUUGCUCUUCCACGGAUCAGGACAUCCAACCGCGUCCUUACAUCUGCCUUUGUCGUCGCACGGCCCCGGUGUGCAGGAACCACCUGCUUUCCUCUUUGCUGCUGAGGCGCUCGACACUGGCAGCAUCCUACCUGGCCACACCUCCUCCGCACCUCGUGGGACUCUACUGAACAUGCCCUCGCAACAGGUUCUGCCCUCCCCAGCCGCCUCCUCAUCCUUCAUGCCAUCGACCCAGGUUGGUGAGGAGGAGGAGGCCGCCAGCAAGGGGUUCACGGGAGUCACAAAGAAGAACGGUAAGAACGAGUGGGUGGCUAGGAUUGUCCUCGACCGCACUUCCAAUUCUCUGAUUGUCAUGAGCAGUCCCUUUCAAUUUGAGGUCGCCGCGGCUAGGUCAAUAGCCGCAGCGUCUCAUGUGAUGGUCGUCGACAAUCCCACGAGAGGCGAUCUCAUACCUUUGACGGACGGCGACGGGGCAAAUUUACAGGGUUGUACGGCUCAGCAGUGUGAGCUGAUGGUCCCUCAGAAGUUCUGGCACGAGUGGGAGCAGUAG